AUGUUGGAGAUCUUCCUAAAUAUCCAGCGGCCGUUUAUCCAGAUAAUCACCGAUUUCUGCUCCCCCCAGGCAGCCUUUGAAGAUAGUAAAUUCCUACUAAUUGGCGACGGACUGUCGCUGUUCCGUCCGCACACAGCCUUCAGCGGCACCCAGGCGGCGUUUCAUGCCCUUCGCACGGCUAAUCUCGUCAAUGGCAAGAUGACCUUGCAACAGUGGGAGAGGAAAGUUCUUAAAUACUCGAAGCUACACUACCUGCAGAGCAACUGA